AUCAACACAACCUCCCCACUCCAGGGCUCCCUGCAGAGUGGGCAGGGGCUGAGUGGGUGCUGAGCUCACCUCUUGUUUCAAGGAAUCUUAACAGCAGGUUUUAAGCUACUUAUUUACUUUUUUGGUCUAUACAGGAAGUCUGAGCUAAAAAAAAGAACAGAAGUAUAAUUACUCUGGCACGCCUGCAUUCCUGCUCCAGGCUCAGGCAGGGGAGGGACUCUUUCUUGUUGGAGCCAGGAAGAGGAUCUGAUCCUUGGAGAUCAUCACCACAAACGUGUGUAACUGAAACCUGCAGCCAUGCUGAAACAGAUAUUAUCAGACAUGUACAUCGAUCCUGACCUGCUGGCAGAACUCAGCGAGGAGCAGAAGCAGAUCCUCUUCUUUAAGAUGAGGCAGGAACAGAUCAGACGAUGGGAGGAAAGAGAAGCUGCUGCGGACAAGGCUUCAGCAAAGAAACCGCUACAGAGGAAAGCCAACGGGAAGAGGGUGACAUGGAAGCUCGGCGCCGACAACGACGUCUGGGUGUGGGUGAUGGGUGAGCAUCCUGCAGAUAAAUCGUACGCGGCCAUCUGCGAAGAGAUCCAAGCACAGAGGGCAAAGCGGUUAGCAAGGGAGCAAGGCAAAGGCAGCAGAGAGACUGACUCUUCUGUAACAUGGUCUCUGCAUCCACAACCAGGAGCCCUGGGUGAGACAGAUCUUCAUGGGAAGAAAGGAUGUGCAGUGGAGGAAAAGAAGGAAAGUGGGAGAAAAACUGCUGCUGCUCUACCAGGGAAAAGCCAGGAGCCUGCAAAGAGGGAAACCAGAGAUGUUCACCAGAUGCUGGCAGACUGCCACAUGAGGAAGUGUGGCCUCCAACAGAUGAAGGAAGCACACAGGAGAAAUUCAGAAGAGACCACAGCCACCCAGGAGGCAAUACCACAGAGCCACCCUAGCUUGGAGAGACAGAGCACAUUGCAGAAAUCAGAUGAGAAUGAGCCUGAAUGGCAGGAAUCCUUGCAGAAAUCCAGGGCAGCAGAUGAGAAGAGACGCUCCCUUGCACGACAAGCCAGGGAUGACUACAAGAGGCUUUCACUGCAGGGCAUCCACAAAGGGAAGCAGGCAGAUAUUUCCAAGGGUGCCACAGCAGGAGAUCGGCGACCACUCCAGUAUCCGCCUCUGCCCCCCAAACCUAAACUUCUACCUCCUGCAACCGCAAACGGGAGAGCGAUUAGGAAAGAGGGAAUCCAGAGGACCAUUUCCAGUUCCACUGAAGAAAGUAUCAUCAAGUGGUUCAAAGAGGAGCAGUUCCCUCUGCGAGCUGGCUACCAGAAAACCACAGACACAAUAGCACCUUGGUUCCAUGGAAUCCUAACCUCUAAGAAAGCAGAGGAGCUUCUGAGUAAAAGAGUGCCAGGGACUUUUCUGGUCCGGGUCAGUGAGAAGAUCAAAGGCUAUGUGCUCUCUUAUCGGUCUGUGGAAGGGUGUAAACACUUCCUCAUUGAUGCCUCCAGCGAGUCCUACAGCUUUCUUGGAGUGGACCAGCUGCAACAUUCAACUCUGGCCGACCUUGUAGACUACCACAAGGAGGAACCCAUCACUUCUUUGGGGAAGGAGAUGUUGCUUUACCCUUGUGGCCAAGAGGACCAACAACCAGAUUACAUCUCUCUCUUUGAGUGAACCUCCCGGACUCCCCAUGCAACACAACGCUUGUAUUCACCAUGACUGAAUUUCAAACUAGAGCUGCUGAUGCUUACCUGAAAUGGUUGCUCUAAGUGCCUCUAUUUGAUAUUCCUCUCAACAAAGCAGUGGGAGAAUAAGCACUGUUGUGGGAUUGUGGCAUCACCCGAGUUAAGGGAUGCAGCAGCCCAGCAAGCUUGCAAAGCACCUGAUGUAUCCCACACAGAGAAGUGAAUGAGGUGACAAAGUCAUCAGUGGAAUGGGGAAAUACUGCCAUGCAUUUCCAUUGCGGGUUUCAGGUAUCCUGAGGGACUUCUGUACUCAAGCUGCUGUUUUGUUCUUGAAUACAAAGUUGUAUGCCAUCUGGGAAAUAAUUAUCUACAGUUUAGUGAGAUCAUACCACAAAACCACGUGGAGAGAUGAGAGAGAUGAGAUCAUAUUACAAAACAAUGUGGAAAGAUGAAUCAGGCUUGAGGUAGUAAUUUGCAUAAUGUGACACUUACUCCUGUAAAAUGCUGUGACCCUGGAAUCAAGGAUGUUCAAUCCAAAUAUCCAGCCCUUGGUGCCUUUCAGUGAAAGGUGUUCUCUGUGAAAAUGUGUUUUCGUGAAACUUAGCCUCUGAAUACAUAUCCCUACUCUUUUAACCCCUGUUUAAAUCCCACACUGCCCUUUCUUCAGAGAGAGGGAUUCAUCUUUUGAAAGGGCAAGAAGAAGGGCUACAGGAGCAUGUACAGAAGACUACAACAUGCACAAAGACUACAAAAAAUGCGUGCAGCAGCAUGGAUAUCAGUAUUAGUGCAGUUUGCAGGAGUGCUUGCCAGUAAAGAGUGCUGCUUUCCAAAUGGAGCUAUUUAUUGCAAGUUUGUGUCCAGGUUACUGAGAUGCAUCUGGUGUAAACUUUAACAUAAAC